CGGCUCCGUUCGGAUGCUUGGCUUAGAUCCGACUGCUGACCCGGUAGCCGAUGUCGAAGGGAUCUUCAUCUGACUCCGGCGAGUUGAUCAGCAGUUCGGGAUCCAUGGUUUGAGCACGGCUGUCCAAAGGCUGCGAUGUCUUCAAAAAUGCAGAGCUCCAGCAGGAUGGCUCAGGCCAGGCGGAUGGUGCAGCAGCUGAGGAUGGAGGCCCGCUUUGAGGGGAUAAAGGUGUCCAAGGCUUCAUCUGACCUGAUGCGUUACUGUGGAGAACAUGCCAAGAUUAUGGGCAUCCCCACCUCAGAAAACCCUUUCAAGGACAAGAAGCCUUGCACUGUUUUGUAGAACAACUUUCUCUGCCUUCCUUUUGAUUCUUAUGUGGUAAAAAAUAUGUUAGAUUCACAACUUAAUCUAAGGCCAGUGUCCCCCCCUCUUCCCAUUCCUACUGUAGUUUAAAGGAUGUGUUCCUGUUUGCCUUGCAGUCACAUGACAGUUUCAGCAAAGAGCAGGCAGCAGUCCGAAGCUGUGGCAUUGGAUGACAGAGUUCCUGCCUCUCUAAUUAUCACAGCGUGCAGAAACAAGCCCCCUCAAUCAUUGGACCAAUCAGAUUUAGCCAUUCAGCUUUCACCUCUGACUCUGGUCAGGCUCUCUUCAGGAAACAGUUGUGUAGGUUGUGUUCUGCUGAUAAUAGCAGCCCAGAUAAUGAUAUCCUGUCAACGGACCAGCAAUCUGUGCUGUCCAUCACAUGAGAGCAAAUAGUAACAGUGGAAGUCCAAUGCCCCUAAUGCACAUUUCUUUUUUCAUCUUGUCACAUUCAGAAUAAUAAUAGGGUUUAAAAUGAAAUUGUUCUCUGUUCUCUUUAAGCACAGACAGAGCAAUCAAAUUGUUGACAUGUAUAAUUUAACAGUUCACUUAAAUCUUUUAUUUUAGGUAUACAUAAGAG